AACUGCUUCGAAAAAGUCAUAAAUUUUUUAUGUUAAAUUUUCAAGUUUUUUCUUUUUAUACAUAUAUAAAUUCACCAAAAAUAUUUCAAUGUUCACAAUCUGUUUCGCUUAUAAAUAAACAUUAGUGUCGAUGUGUUAUGCAUAUAGUACAUCAAAUAUAUUAUUUAUUAGAAAUGUGCAUAAUCGAGGUAUCACCCAAUAGAACCGGACAAUCAAACUAAAAUUAUCAUUAUCCCAAACAUCAGCAUAACAUCUUGGAACAGUUAAUUGAAGUGUCGCAAAAUGGAUAUGAUUUUAAUUCACAUUCCGGCCAAAAUAGAUGUGAGUCGUUAGUACUCCAGAAAUUAGAGCGUUAUACGAAAAAGGCCGGCAUGGCUACUCUCAGGUUCUUCUCUAAGAUGGAGGUUCAACAAAGAAAAAUUAAGAUAUGCGUAAUUGGUGCUGGCGCAGCUGGUUUGUGUGCAGUUAGGCACUUGGCGACAAAUCUAAUAUUCGAAGUAACGGCUUACGAGCAGACAAACGAUGUAGGAGGUACAUGGGUUUACAAGGAGCAAGUUGGCCUCGAUGAGAAUGAUUUACCGAUACAUUCCAGCAUGUAUCAAAAUCUAAGGACAAAUUUACCCGCAAAAAUUAUGAAUUUCUCAGAUUAUAUUGUAAUGGAAGGGCGAGAACCGUCUUGCGUGAGCCAUCAAGAAGUUCUCAAAUAUCUGAAAGAUUACGCUCAACAUUUUGAUGUACAUCGACAUAUUCAUUUCAAUACAAAAGUCGAGCAUGUUCAAUUUAUAUCAUCUGAUUCCUACGAUCGAGAUAAAUGGUCCGUGCAAGUAAGAAAAUUAAAAACAAACGAAAUAGAAUUAUGUUAUUUUGACGCAAUUAUGGUUUGCAACGGGCAUUAUUUCGAGCCUUAUAUGCCGACUAUAACUGGUAUCGAAAGUUUUCCGGGUUUAAUAUUGCACAGCCACGCAUAUAGAAAACCAGAUCAAUUUUCUGGCAAAACUGUAUUAAUACUAGGUGCAGCGUCAUCUGGUAUCGACAUAGGAAUCGAUUUAUCUGAUCAAGCGGUUCGCGUGUAUUUAAGUCACAAUCAUGAUAGAUUAACAAGUUCUUUACCAUCGAAUAUGAUACAAGUCGCGGGUGUUGAAAGCAUACACGAAACCAGAUUUUAUUUGAAGGAUGGAACUACUAUCGAUGCUAUUGACGUGUUUCUUUUUUGUACUGGUUACAAGUACAGUUUUCCCUUCUUAGAUAAGAACUGUGGUAUACAAGUUGACAGCAAUUACGUAACUCCGCUUUACAAACAUUUCAUCAAUAUUGAGCAUCCUUCAAUGUGUAUCGUUGGUAUACCCACCGCCGUCGUACCGUUUCCUAUGUUUCACAUGCAGGUGCAAUUUUUCCUAGCUCUACUUCAAAAUCGAAUAACUUUGCCUACAAAAUCUGUGAUGAUAGAAGAUUCGACUUUAAAAACUCCAAAGAAGAGACAUGCACAUAAGUUAAUGGAUCAGCAAUGGGAUUACAACGAUUCCUUGGCAAUUGCUGGUGGAUUUAAUCGGUUACCAUUAUUUUAUAAACUCGGUUACAAAGCAUGGUCAAUUCAAAGAUCUAUGAAUCUUUUACAUUAUAAGGAUUCAAAAUUUAUUAUUUCUGAAGAUGGACAAAACGUCGAAUUAGUUAUACCAAAAUAAAAUUUUACUAUUAAAUGCAUGGUUGGAUAGUAACUAAUUAAAAGGUUAAAUAAUAAAAUUAAUAACUUCUAACUUAACUUUAAAUAAUUUAAUUUUUAACUUUAACUAAUCAUUUUUAAAACACAUAAACUUUAAUUUCUCAACUUUUUUUUUCAAGUUAAAAAUUUAUUUAUAUAAAAGAAAAAAGUUAUAAGAGAAAAAAUACAUUACAAGCAAAAUACAUAAUAUUUCUUUUAUACUUAAUUUACAAAUAAAAUAUUAAAUUUGUUUGAUAAUCCAUAUUGUAAUUGUUUUGAAUUAUAGUAUUGUUAAUCUAACUUUAGAAACUUACAAAUUUCUGAUUUAAUAUGAAUAAUGCUUUAUACAAAAUUAACUUUUAACUUAAUUUAAUGUUAACGUAACUUUUGAUUAAAUUAAUUUUAUAAACCAUUAAUGUUUACUUAAUUUAGUUAAAAAAAUAUAUUAAUAUAACCUACCCAAUCUUGAUUAAAUGAGCAUUCAAGCAUUCUGAUAACACUGUUUUAAAUGUGAAUUAAACAUAAAUUUAUUAUAAACGUAGAUUGGAUAUAAUAAUAUCUUAGCAAGUUGUUUUGAUAUAAACUUUACGUUUGAUGUAUACAGUACGUACAUAAUAAAUUUCUCAAGUAUA